AUGGAGAUUAUCAAAUCAAAUAAAGGUGGUAACAAAGGUUUUUACAAAGGUUAUGUAUAUGUUGUAAAGUAUAUUGGCGUAUCAAAAAUAACCUGGAGGUGUUCUCAGAGGUGUUCAAUGAAAUGUACUGGAGAAUUAUACACCGAUCUCAAAAUGGAGAACCCAGAAGUAAAAACAGGACAUAGUCAUUUGAAAGAUGAUGACAGUGUUAAGAUAGAAAAAGCUUUGUGUGCGAUGAAGGAACGAUCGAAAGCUGGUUUAUCUAAACCACUUGAAGUUUAUGCGGCAGAAAUUUCUAAGUUGGAUGGUAACACUAGAGCGAAGAUGCCAGUGGAAGACCAUGUUAAAAGAACAUUAAGAAAUCAACGUUCUGCAUUAAAUCCAGUUGAGCCAACUAGCCUUGAUAAUUUGGUCAUUGAUGGUAGGUUGAAAAGGCUGUAA